GAAGGAAGCGAGGAGCUCGCGUAGAUCCUGAGGAGAAAAAGAAAAGAGAAACAGAACCGGGCCGGAAAGACGGAGAUUAUUCUGCUCUCAGCACUCGGGUUUAAACAGGCGCGUUUAUAAAAAAGAGACACUUUGGGGGGGAUUAUUUAUUACGUCAGAUUGAUUUGGUAAACCAAUAUUUAUAUUGUAAAUAAAUCACGAACGACAAAAAAAAAAAAAAACAGUAGUGACACAGCGAAGAGGAGUCAGUUAGCCUUAGCAUUAGCAUUAGCGCGAGCUUGUUUGCUAAAACGCAACCGACGUUUGCCGUUAUUUCGGUUUCAUUUCUGGACUGAGCGCUGACACAAUGACCUCAAGGAAGAAAGUUCUGCUGAAAGUGAUCAUCCUCGGAGACUCAGGAGUGGGAAAGACCUCUCUGAUGAACCAGUAUGUGAACAAGAAGUUUAGCAAUCAGUAUAAAGCUACAAUAGGAGCUGACUUCCUGACGAAAGAGGUGAUGGUGGAUGAUCGACUUGUAACGAUGCAGAUAUGGGACACGGCGGGUCAGGAGCGGUUCCAGUCACUGGGCGUGGCGUUCUACCGUGGCGCAGACUGCUGCGUCCUCGUCUUUGACGUCACGGCACCGAACACUUUUAAGACACUGGACAGCUGGAGGGACGAGUUUCUGAUCCAGGCCAGCCCUCGAGACCCUGAGAACUUCCCCUUCGUCGUGCUCGGAAACAAAAUCGACCUGGAGAACAGGCAGGUAACCACUAAACGAGCACAAGCCUGGUGCCAGAGCAAGAAUAACAUCCCUUACUUUGAGACCAGCGCCAAGGAGGCCAUCAACGUAGAACAGGCUUUUCAGACCAUCGCACGCAACGCACUCAAACAGGAAACGGAGGUGGAGUUGUAUAACGAGUUCCCAGAGCCGAUCAAGCUGGACAGAAACGAGAGAGCCAAGCCAUCAGCAGAGAGCUGCAGCUGCUGAAGAUGGACAGGGGGCGCUACUGAUCACCCUCCGUCCUCUCUGGCCUUGUUUCUCUUUUUUCCUCUUUCCAUGUCUGUCUGUCUCUCUCGUCCCCUCUCUCUCUUUCCCAUUUGCCCUUAAUGUAAUCACUGGCCUUCAUAGAGCAGUCAGGCUUUCUCUUCUAGAAUAUACCCUCUACAAAUUGCACUCGUGCGCGCGCACACACCACACACACGCAGCAGUGCUCAACAGGCUUUACACAAAGCCCAAAGAAAUAAUUAUGAAGAAAGUGUUUUGGUGCACAAGUGUUUUCAGGCCCUCUAUAGUAGCUCUUUUAACUUGUCACUUGUCCUAACACCCUUCUUUAGACUUCCUUCAGCUUCAACCACAGACACGCACACGUGCACACAAACUCUGUUCAUUCUGAAACUCUCAACACUUGAAUGCUUUGAGACUUUUUAUACAUACAACGCCCACCAUGUAAACUGGAACCUGAUUGAUGGAGCUGUGUAACAUGCUGAUGUAUUAAAGCUGUGUUGAUAUCA